AUGCAUGUUCUUCAAUUCGCAUCCAAGAAGUUAACCGUAGCUGAGUCCAAAUGGCCAAUCUACGAACUCGAGGCCUACGCCAUUGUCUGGUCCACCCCCCACUCCGCUCGUUACCUGCGCGGCAGAGAGUUCAUCGUCAGGACAGACCAUCAGAGUCUCAAGUGGCUUUGGAGUACGGAGAAGUCGAGAAUCGCUAGAUGA